AUGACGCAAUCAUCAUCCUGUCGACCAUUCAGCUUACCAGCCCUACACGAAUAUCGAUUCGAGCUCGAUCCAGGAGAGUCGAUCACCAUCAAAUUAGUCUCUGGCACAGCUGAAAUAUCCGGGUUUGAGUUGACUAGCGGUCAAGAGUAUACCUUUGGCGAUGAGAUCCGGUCUGCAAUCUUUAGCUGGCAUGGGGCUGAUCUUGAGAUAAGUCGAAAAGCCUCGACGGAAUACGUUGCCGAGGAAUCGACCGUACCUGCGUACAUGGCCCUUCAUCUUGCAUUGGAACGCGCCAGGCUAGGCUCAGUAGCACCAAAGCAUUUUGUUCCCCACGUCGAACCACCGCCGAGGCUUCAAGUUUCAUCAGACGCGCAGGAACCAGAUGAGGAAAAACAUGGCCCUCACGUCAUGGUCAUCGGCUCACUUGCUAGUGGGAAAUCUACUUUGAUCAAAACUCUGGCUAACUGGGCUGUCAAAAGCGGCCGAACAAAAGUCGAAGGUCCUGGAUUGCUCCUCGUUAAUUUGAAUCCAAAUGAUGGCGGAUGGACAGUUCCAGGAACCUUCUCAGUCGCGCCACUUAACGUCUCGAUUCCCACGACCACGCCGGUUCUGCCGUUCGGAUCAACGCCGACGACAGGUCCAGCACCUUCGACGCCGAACCCGGCACUCUUCGCGCCCUCUCUCAACGCACUCUCUUUCUUUUAUGGACAUACCCAAUUUAGUCGGAAUACCGGCUUGGCUGAAGUACUGAUCAAGAGGGUCGGGAGUGCUCUAGAAACAAGGAUUGAAAAGAGUGGCGAGACCGCUCUUUGGAGAGGUGGGCUUUUGAUCGAUACCCCGGCUGAAUUUAGCGAGAAAGCCAAGGGUGGAUUGGUCAAAUCGGUGGUACGAGCUCUAGGUGUUAAUAUACUGGUGGUAAUAGGGAAUGAGAAACUUCAUUUGGAAAUCAGUAAGCUAAUGUCGAUCAACAAAACCGUUCAAGUGGUCCGAGUACCGAAGAAUGGAGGGGCGACUGAUCUAGAUAUCACUUAUCGAAGACGGUUGGAGUCCAACCAAAUCCGUUCUUACUUCUAUGGAGGCCCGGCUUUAUCUCAGGGACAACUGUCGCCAUUCACAAUUGUCGUGAAGUUUGAGGACUUGACAAUCUAUCGAAUUGGCGAUGAGGCUAUCGUCCCUUCAUCAGCCCUACCGAUCGGUGCUACCCGAUCGGUGAAACCGACCACGCUGACGAAGGUCGACCCAGAGAAUGGUCGAUCGAUGUCGAAUAUCUUGAAUCUGGUGCUCUCAAUCCCUCAGGCUGAAUGGGAUGGGCUUGAUCCGGAAUCUGAUGCGGCGUUUGAAGCGUGUAGUGGACCUUCACUGGGAUUUAUUCACCUGUGA